UUGCAUGUCCGUAAAUUUUCUCAAAGUCGCACACUGCGAGAGCACAGAGCGAGAGACAACAAGAGAAACUUCGCUGUCAUUUUCGCCUGCAAAAUGCCUCGCUCAUACAAGGAAGAAUGUAGCUUUUUGGAGCGAUUAUCUGACAGUGCGUUUCUUAUCAAGAAAGGUUUUGUUCCAAAUAUGAAGGUUGAGGGCAAAUUCUACAUCAACGAACAUCUAGAAAAACUCAUGUUUGAUGAGCUGAGACACUGGUGUGGGGCACAAGGAAUUGGUGGGUUUUUACCAGGGGUGAAACAGAUUGCUAAUGUGGCUGCUUUGCCAGGAAUUGUAGGGUACUCAGUGGGCCUUCCAGAUGUACACUCUGGCUAUGGAUUUGCUAUUGGUAACAUGGCAGCCUUUGAUAUGUCUCUUCCUGAAGCUGUAGUGUCUCCGGGUGGAGUGGGUUUUGAUAUAAACUGUGGAGUUCGAUUACUCAGGACAAAUCUGGAAGAAAAAGAUGUUCAACCAGUUAAAGAAAGGCUGGCUCAGUCCCUAUUUGACCACAUUCCUGUUGGAGUUGGUUCAAAAGGUGUCAUUCCUAUGGGAGCCAAGGACCUAGAAGAUGCUCUUGAGAUGGGUGUGGACUGGUCUCUCCGAGAAGGGUAUGCUUGGGCGGAAGACAAGGAACACUGUGAGGAAUAUGGCAGAAUGCUACAAGCUGACAGUGCUAAAGUCAGCGCUAAAGCAAAGAAGCGCGGCUUACCUCAGCUUGGAACACUGGGGGCAGGUAACCACUAUGCUGAGAUCCAAGUCGUUGAUGAGAUUUACAAUGAAUUUGCUGCUAAAAAGAUGGGAAUUGACCACAAAGGUCAGGUAUGUGUGAUGAUUCAUAGUGGAAGUCGUGGCCUUGGUCACCAAGUUGCUACAGAUGCACUUGUGGCGAUGGAAAAGGCGAUGAAAAGGGAUAAGAUUGAGGUUAAUGACAGGCAGCUGGCUUGUGCUCACAUCACUCCUGAGGGUCAAGAUUACCUAAAGGGUAUGGCAGGUGCUGCCAACUAUGCCUGGGUUAAUCGCUCCAGUAUGACUUUCCUCACAAGACAGGCUUUUGCCAAAGUGUUCAACAGCACUCCAGAUGACCUAGACAUGCACUUGAUCUAUGAUGUCUCACAUAACAUUGCUAAAGUUGAAGAGCACUUUCUUGAUGGACGGCAGAGACAGCUCCUCGUACAUAGGAAGGGAUCAACACGAGCCUUCCCUCCUCACCAUCCUCUUAUUCCUGUUGAUUAUCAGCUAACAGGGCAGCCUGUGUUAAUUGGUGGUACCAUGGGCACAUGUAGUUAUGUUCUGACUGGUACAGAGAAGGGAAUGACCGAAACGUUUGGAACGACAUGCCACGGAGCUGGUCGAGCAUUGUCAAGAGCCAAAUCACGACGAAACUUGGACUACCAGGACGUGCUGGAGAACCUCGCGCAGAAAGGCAUCUCGAUUAGGGUGGCUUCACCCAAACUCGUCAUGGAAGAGGCUCCAGAAUCAUAUAAAAAUGUCACAGAUGUCGUCGAUACUUGUCAUUCUGCCGGAAUCAGUAAGAAAGCCAUCAAGCUGAGGCCUAUUGCUGUCAUCAAAGGUUAAUUGGUUUUAUAUUAACAACAAGGAACUAACCAAAGCUGGAAGGAAAACCUUACCCUGGGUUCAAGAGGCUGAUUAUCCGCUUUACCCCAUGCUAGGGGGCGGGAAACUCUCUCUUCGUUCGAAAAAUUCUAUCUUCGCUCUCGGGGUCUCUGGUUUCCAGGGUACGAAAACCUCGAACGAUCGGACAGAAAAAGGUACCUUGGGUAUUAGAGUCUUCACUAGGGUCGCCGUGUCACAAGCGACAACUGCAAUUUCACAAAACCGAGAGCUGUAACUUAACAAAACCGAAACUUCACCGAUUUGAGGAUUAUGUCACAAGCCAAGAACUGUAACGUCACAAAACGGAGAACUGGAACGUCACAAAACGGAGAACUGGGACGUCACAAAACAAUAAUUAUAACGUCAAAACGAGAACUACAACGUCACAAAACGGAGAACUGUAACGUCACAAAACUGAGAACUGGGACGUCACAAAACAAUAAUUAUAACGUCAAAACGAGAACUACAACGUCACAAAACGAGAACUGGAACGUCACAAAACAAGAAUUAUAACGUCAAAACGAGAACUAUAACGUCACAAAACAAGAGCCAUAACGUCACAAAACGGAGAACUGCAACGUCACAAAACGAGAACUGUAACGUCACAAAGCUGAGAACGCGACGUCACAAAACGAGAACUAUAACGUCACAAAAGAAGAACUAUAACGUCACAAAACGAGAAUUAUAACGUCAAAACGAGAACUAUAACGUCACAAAACAAGAGCCAUAACGUCAAAAAAAAAGAACUGCAACGUCACAAAACGAGAACUGUAACGUCACAAAGCUGAGAACGCGACGUCACAAAACGAGAGCUGUGACGUCACAAAACCGAGAACUGAAACGUCAAAAAACCGACGUUUCAAAAAAAAAAACUGUAACGUCACGAAACUAGUAACGUUACAAAAAUGAGAACUAUGACGUCACAAAACCAAGAACUAUAGCUUUACGAAGCGAGAACUGGAGGCUCAGUAGCCUAGUUCCUUGCUCGUAGAUGAGCCUAGGGGAUGCUGGGAUCCUUGUAACAUUGCAUUUCUGAACCACCACAGGAAACCCGAUUAAAACUCUCAGCAAUAGGCUAGAGGCUCGGUUACUCUGGGUAAUGAAAAGACGGUAUAUUGACAAUGUUCUGGGUAAGCACUAGAAUGAACAGAGUUUGCAUAACCAAAAAUGUUCAAUAAAAAUCUAAUUACAAUUACAUAGAAAACUAAAAAAAAGGAUCAGUAACACG